AGAGAGUGGAAACGCAAAACAGGCCCCACAGGCCCCACAGGCCCCAAAACGAAACCCCUGCACAUCAGCAGUCUCCCACCUCGGGACCAAACCUUCCCUCUCCUCUCUCUCUAGCUCGGGGCUUCGCUCCGCAAUGGCGCAGACGAUGGACAGCAUGCCGCCAGCGAAGAGCAGCGACGCCUCGCCGGACGACGCCGACGAGCGGGACGACUUGCCGUCGUCCGCCAAGGAAGGCGCCGUGAAGUGGAAGAAGAGGAGGAGGAGGGGGAAGAGGAAGCGCGAGGAUCGGGAUCGUCCGCCGCCGUCGCCGCCGUCGCCGCCGUCGUCGUCGUCGUCGUCUCGCGAUCCUCUGGAGGUGUUCGGUGCGGACCUCAUGGUGAUGAUACUGAACAACCUCGACGCACGCAGCGUGGCACUAUCUCUGCUCGUCUCUCGCGCGUGGCACCGCGUUGCCUCCAGCGACCGGCUCUGGAGCCGUAAGUGUGAGGAAUUGUGGUCUGGCAAAGCACACAUACCUAGAAUAUCCCAAGUUCAUGGACUAUCGAAGUUGACUGCUUAUUCCUUAUCUGUUAUGGAUGGCAAACGUACCCGUAUCACAAAGUAUGAUCUCUGUGAUCAUGCAUGGGAGUUCCAUUUCAGUAAGGCCGCACCUGAGUAUUGGCGAAAUCUAGAUGCCUAUUGGAAAGGCACUGGCCCUCCAAUGCACCGGUACUUCCAUCUGGACGGUAGCCAAAGUGCAGAUCCUGGCGACAAGGUGUGGGGAGGCCAUGAAUGCUGUUAUUCCAUAGUCACUAGCUUCAUUGAUGAUGGGAAGAUUAGGGAACACUACGUGAGGAUUAAUCGCUGGCCCCAUAUGUCUGUCUAUAGGAAGCAGGACUGGAGCUGGGAAAUGUCAAAUGGUGUCUUCUUCUACGCCAGUGUGCCUGAUGCUGAUAAGCUCGGUGGGACUGGACCUCUGUUUCCAGUCGUGUGUGGUCUGUAGCACCCACCACUUAUAAAGCCUCUAAAAGUGGUGCAGUCUGUACAAUCCCCGUCUUUAGUUUCCUUGAGAUAUGCAAGUCUGCCCAUGCUGUCCUAGUAUUUUCAGUAGAUGCCUCGACCGUGAGGCUUAGAAAGCCUGCAUCUGCAUGUUCUUUUCUGCAGUCUGUGUUGCUUUGUACAUUGUAAAUACAAUAUGUGGCCUUAAUUUUUGUGCUUUGUAUAAAUAAGGAUGGAAGUUUUUAUCAUGAG